AUGAGCAAGGUGAAGGAAGUUAUUAUCCGUCAGGUCUGGGCAUAUAAUUUGGAGUAUGAAUUCAAUCUCAUACGCCAAGCUAUCCAUCAACAUCCUAUGGUUUCAAUGGACACCGAAUUUCCGGGCGUAAUUCAUUCACCUAAAAUCGAUCGUCAUUGUCUUCAACCCUCUGACAACUACCGUUACUUGAAGGCCAAUGUUGAUGCUCUUAAGCUCAUUCAAGUUGGUCUCACCCUUACCGACUUUAAAGGAAAUCUUCCUGAUUUUGGUAGCAUUUACAGUUAUAUCUGGGAAUUUAAUUUCUGUGAUUUUGACGUCAAUCACGAUCCUUGUAAUCAAGAUUCUAUUGAUAUGCUUCGCCGUCAAGGGAUUGACUUCAACCGAAAUUUCUACUACGGUGUAAAUUCAAUGCGUUUUGCUGACCUAAUGUUUACAUCAGGACUUAUUUUCAAUAAAUCACUUAUGUGGGUCACAUUUAGCAGCGCUUAUGAUUUCGGAUAUUUGGUAAAGAUCUUAACUCGAAAGAAUUUACCUAACCGUUUAGAAGAUUUUCUAAAAAUCGUAGAAGUGUUGUUUGGAAAUAAAGUAUUUGAUAUGAAACACAUGAUGAAAUUCUGCAACUUUUUGCACGGUGGUCUUGAGCGAGUAGCUAAUACUCUAAAUAUUGGUCGGAUGGUUGGAAAGUCUCAUCAAGCUGGGUCUGAUAGUUUGUUGACAUCUCAGGCAUUUAGAAAAAUGAUAGAAACUUGUUUUAUAAUUAAUAAAGUUCCUGAGCUUAAAGAUUAUACCGGAGUUUUAUUCGGAUUAGAGAUUGUUGCUUAG